GAUUGCCCAAACCUUUGACGGCGUUGCGAGGAUAAGAGAAAGUGUCGUCUUAUCCCUCAACCAGGAGUAUUGUGAGCCGGAACAGCGGAUUUCCCUGUCUCCUGGUGAUGAACUGGCAGUAAUUCCACCCAUAAGUGGAGGCUAAAAGAUAAAGGGAAAAAAGACGAAAAUACCAUGGACCACAUCAAGUUAACACAGGAAGUUUUAUCAACCGGAGAAGUUGCAGAUGCAGUGACCGACCCGAGCUGUGGUGCUGUUAGCCUCUUUGUGGGAACAACUCGCAAUAAUUUUCAGGGUCGCCGGGUGGUAAGGCUGGAGUACGAAGCCUAUGAGGAAAUGGCCGAGAAGGAAAUGCGGGCCAUUUGUAGGCUGGCCAGAGAGAAGUGGAAUAUCAAGCAUAUAGCUAUCUAUCAUAGAAUGGGUGUCGUACCUGUAUUGGAAUCAAGUGUCAUAAUAGCCGUCAGUUCAACUCACCGACGAGAAUCUUUAGAAGCAACGUCAUUCUUGAUUGAUGAACUGAAGGCUCGAGUGCCCAUUUGGAAGAAGGAAAUGUACGAUGAUGGAGGAGGGGACUGGAAGAAGAAUAAAGAGUGUGCUUGGAAUAAGGAGGAGGAGAAGGGAAAGAAUUCGUAGGGAACUUGUUGAAUGAAAGGAGAUUGUCUGAUUUUUUUAAGAUGUAUUUUUCAGAAUUAUGAUUAUUUUGCUAAAAAAAAUGACAGGUUUGUCUGAAUCUUUUUAAUGUAUUUUUUAGAAUUAAGAUUAUUUUGAAAAAAAAGACAGUUUUGUUAAAUAGAAUGGCAGGUGUUUGUGUGAUUGAUAUUAAUGUUUUUUGCUCUUCUUUUCUGCAGUUAAAUUGAUGGAAUUAUGUAAAGGAAUGUAUUAGUAUUGAUUUGAAUAAAUGAAUUGCAUGAAACUAUA